AUGACAGACAGCCCUCCCCCCGACGAUCGCCCUACGCCAGAUGCCUCCCCACGAACAGAGAGCGAACUGCCUCCCCGCCCACCAUCGCCACCGGCGAAAACAGUAUCUCCAGAACCAGCGCCUGCUGCCGUUAAUCCAGAGGAGAUGGCUCAGUUGGAGAAAGUCUUACAGUCGGAUAUUGGAGUUUCGAUUCUAUUAACUAGAUUGAAACAAACCAUUGCAUCCACUAAAGACUUCUCGAGUUUCCUACGCAAGCGAUCUGUCAUCGAAGAAGAACAUGCGCAAGGCCUCAAAAAGCUUGCUCGCUCUGUCCAUGACUCGGCCCAGCGCAUCGAUAAUCGCCAAGGCACUCUCUCAGUCAGCUGCGAUGAGAUAAACCGUAUCCACGACCGCAUGGCCGACCAUGGCCUCCAAUUUGCGCUCUCCCUUCAGCAGAUGUCGGAUGACCUGAAUGAGCUGGCUGCGAACCUAGAGCGGGGCCGGAAGCACUGGAAGCAGAACGGGCUGAAUGCGGAAAAGCGCGUGCAGGAUGCGGAGAACAUGGCGGAGAAGGCGAAAGCGAAAUACAACUCUCUCGCCGAACAGUAUGACCGCGCUCGGACCGGCGACGCUCAGCAUGGUAAAUUUGGCUUGAAGGGGCCCAAGUCUGCGGCGCAGCAUGAGCAGGAUCUGUUGCGCAAGGUCCAGAAUUCGGAUUCGGAAUAUGCGUCCAAGGUCCAGGCGGUGCAGGGUAUGAAGAAUGAGCUGAUCUCGAACCUGCGGCCGCAGGCCGUGCGCGCGCUGCAGGAUUUGGUGGCUGAGGGAGAUUCUGGGCUUAGCCUUCAGGUGCAGAAAUUCGCUACAUUCACCGAGAAACUUCUGCUUGGGAAUGGUCUUUGCGUGAGCCCAUUGAAGAACGGCGUCAAUGCCAAUGCCGCUGGGUUUAAGAGCCUGCGGGAAGUUGCGUCUGAAGUUGAUGACGAGAAGGAUUUUAAGAGCUUCGUCUUGAGCCAUGCGUCCAAGAUUGGCUCAGGAUCUACUGAGAUCAAAUAUGAGAAGCACCCAACACUCGCGACCCCUCCUCCGCAACCAGCCCCUAUACAAACUGUAAACCAACCCAGCCCCGCACCUCUCCCCCAGGCUCCUCCGCAACUAUCAGGACCUCCGUUCAACUCCACCCCCCCUCAAUCUGCAACCUCACCGGUCCAUCAUCAGCACUCGCCACACUCCUACCAACAACCGUCGCAGCAGCAGCCGUAUCAACCACCAUAUCAGCUACCACCUCCGCAACAGGAUCCAUAUGGCAUGCACGAGCAAGCACCAGGACAAAUGCCACCGCAACAGCCACAGCGGCAGCCGUAUCCACCGCCUGGGCCCGGUCCAGCCCACAUGCCGACCCAAUACCGGCCCUAUUCACCGGUCCAGCAACAGCAACCUCCUCCAGAAACCCUGUCAGCAGCUAGGAACGGGUUCGGCGCAGAUACAUCACGUGAGCCGCAGGAGCCUGACCCUGGGCCUGGCCCUGUAUUUGGCCAGUCUCUGGAAGCUCUGUUCCUUAGAGAUCAAACCGCCAUUCCUAUGAUCGUGUACCAGUGUAUCCAGGCCAUCGAGCUUUUCGGGCUCAAUGUUGAGGGUAUCUAUCGUCUCUCUGGCAAUGCUAGUCACAUUGCGCAUCUGAAGGCUCUGUUUGAUCAUAACUUCAAACUAGUCGAUUUCACAAACCCGGAGAACUUCUUCCAUGACAUCAACAGCGUAGCUGGGCUCCUGAAGCAGUUCUUCAGAGAGCUUCCUGAUCCGUUGCUCAUGAAUAAGUAUUAUGCGGAUUUCAUCAAUGCUGCACGUAUCGAUGACGAUUACCAGCGCUGCCUUGCAUUGCAUGCGGCUGUUAACAAUCUCCCGGAUGCACACUAUGCGACCCUCCGGGCGUUGAUAUUGCAUCUCAGCCACGUCCACAGACGAUCUGACGAGAAUCGAAUGAAUGCAGGCAACAUCGCUAUUAGCUUUGGUCUCACCCUGAUGGGUUCGAAUGCCGGACACAACGUUGCAGAUUCCGGUUGGCAAGCACGUGUUAUAGAGGGCAUUCUGCUGAAUGCGGACACAAUUUUCCACACGGAAUAA